AAUAAAGUUCUCGGCGAAUAGCAAGAGUUCUGGGAGGAGCCUGGCUGCCUGGAGGCUGAGGGAUUCUCUCAGCAUCUCUCUCUAGCCAAGGAAGGAGUUGAGCUGGUGCCAUGAAGGAAACAGAAAGAUGCUGGAAUUGAUAAAGGAAACAAGUGAUGAGAGUUUGGUGCAUUUUUAUUUUAGUUUUUGCAAGAAUCUGUGCUUUUUUUUUAAGUAAGGAUGGAUGAAGAUAUUCUUGCCUGAGCUUCAGGAGGAGAGGGACUUCUUCUUUUCCUAUGCUUGACCCCCUCUCCUGCUGCAAACAUGCCCAUUCUAAACCGAGAGCCUUCCAAAAACACUGAGGAUGGGGAUGGUCUGCCAAAGCUGCCUCUGCCCAAUCUCCAGGACACACUGGACAUGUACCUGAGGUGCAUGAAGCACCUGCUCACCGAGGAACAAUUCCACAAGACCCAGAAAAUAGUGAUGCAGUUUGGAGCCUCUGGAGGAGUGGGAGACACGCUGCAGAGCAAACUUCUGGAGAGGAGGGAGAAGAAGGCAAACUGGGUUUAUGACUACUGGCUGAAUGACAUGUACCUGAGCAACAGGCUGGCUCUGCCCGUCAACUCCAGUCCUGCUAUGGUGUUUCCACGACAGAACUUCAGAGCGCCGGUUGACUCUUUACGGUUUGCUGCACAUUUAAUUUCAGGAGUUCUGGAAUACAAGACUCUACUUGAUGCUCAUGCCCUGCCUGUGGAUUAUGCCCGGGGCCAGCUAGCCGGGACCCCUCUGUGUAUGGAGCAGUAUUAUCGCCUCUUCACAUCCUACCGCCUGCCAGGGUCUGCGAGGGACACACUCGUGGCCCAGGAGAGCACCGUGAUGCCAGAACCAGAACACAUCAUUGUGGCUUGUAAAAACCAGGAUUGGCAGCCCGUCGAAGCUGGUCAGAGCAGCGAGUGUGAGCGAACUGCCUGCACCUCGCAGACUCCGCUGGAAGUGCACUCCAGAGGUGCUGAAACUUAUCGCUUCCUCCAACGAGAAACUUGAGAGACUGGUGAAAAAUCUAGACAUGAAUGUCCACAAGUUCCUCGGCUACGGAAAAGAGUUCAUCAAGAAGCAGAAAAUGAGUCCGGAUGCCUACAUCCAAGUUGCACUGCAGCUGGCCUUCUACAAGUGUCAUGGCAGACCCGUGUCGACCUAUGAGAGCGCUUCUAUCCGCCGCUUUCGCCAAGGCAGAGUGGACAACAUUCGCUCAGCCACACCUGAAGCCUUGGCUUUUGUCAAAGCGAUGACCGACGAGAAGCUCGGCUCGAGUGACACUGAGAAGAUGGAGCUGUUACAAAGUGCCAUAAACGCACAGACAAAAUAUACUAUUCUGGCAAUCACAGGGAAGGCAAUAGACAAUCAUCUUCUGGGACUACGGGAAAUCGCACACGAACUGAAGAUAGAGAAGCCAGAAAUCUUCAAAGACGAGGCCUAUCUGAUCAGUAAUCAGUUCAUCCUCUCAACAAGUCAGGUUCCGACCACUGUGGAGAUGUUCUGCUGUUAUGGACCAGUGGUUCCAAACGGAUAUGGUGCAUGCUAUAACCCUCAGUCAGAUCAUAUAAUCUUCUCAGUGUCCAGUUUCCAUGAGAGUCCUCAGACGUGUUCAUCAGAGUUUGUAAAAUGCUUGGUGUGGGCUCUUCAGACCAUGAGGGAUCUGUGCAGUAAAUGUAACAGUGGCUCAAAUUCAGGCGAGCAAAAAAACGGUCCGAAGAUGCAGACAAAGACACAACAGAGAGCACUGGACCCGGCUAAGGAAACCGUCCCACAGGUCCUGGUGAAGAGUCCAGAACAAACUAAUGUGGAUGCACAAACCCAGACCCCAACAAAAAGCAAGAACUUUAAAGAACGGAACUAAAUUAGACAGCUGUCACUACAGUCACUAUUGAUUUUAAAAUGCAUAUAUCUGUGCUGCAGUGGUAUAUUUAAAAAAAUUCAGAGUGUAACUGUGAAACAAAAAGUUGUGUGCAGGUAUAUUGUUGUAGGCCUCAUUGUAAAAUAUAUAUAAUGAUAUUCUAAUUAUUUAAAUAUAAAAAUAAUAUUUUUAUAGAGAGUUUUAAGGCUGUUGCUCCUCCAAAAAGCUGCAAAUUCUCAACAGGAGAUGAAACAACUUAAUAAAAUCUCUCUCUCUCUCUCUCUCUCUCUCUCUCUCUCUCUCUCUCUCUCUCUCUCUCUCUC